CUUAAAAGCAAUGCUGUAGUUUCCUGGUGAGUGAUCUGACCUUGUUAGUGUGUGUAGUGUUCUAUAAAGAGGUAAUCGAUUGGCACCGUGUGUCAAAAAACAAAUUACGCUCACGUCUAGUAAAUCCAAUUUGUGGAUUUCAUUUACCGUUGAGAUGUUUCGAAGACUUUCUUUCACUCAGCUUUUAAUAGCAACGGUAGUUGGAGUUUCUGGCGGAGUUUAUAUAUACAAACCAAUUUUUGAACAAUACCGUUGGGAUCAGAAACAUUUAAAGACUGAAGUUCAAGCUGCUAAAGUUCUGGAAGAGAAGAAUGAAUAAUGCUACCUUUACCUUGUAAACGAAUCUUUCAAAUUUGUUUCACAUUGCAUGUCUAUAGAAUAUUUUUUUUUUAUGUAAUAUUUUAAAAACUCACCAAAUAUAUUGUUGUUACACAUGUGCAAUUAAAGGUUAGUUACCUACAA